AUGCGCAUCUACUACUUCGUACUUGUGGCUUGUACUGCGACUUUGGCAGGCAGUACGAACGCUUCGGAGCCAUCCAGCCGUUCAAUGACGAACGCUGAAAACGAGGCCGCCAUUCGUUCCGCUCACGAUGUCCAAGAUGGCGUCGCUGUCAAGAAACCGCUAGUGGUACACGAUCACAAGACUGGCGAAGAAAGGACGGCACCUGCGGUGAAAGACGUUGAAGCAAUAGAAAAGGCAACAAGUAAAUUGCUCAAGGUGUUGCGUGGCAAAGCUACAAAUAAACGCCCGACCGUCCACGAGCAAGUGUCGCUGAUGACCCAACAAAAUGCGAUCAAACACCACGUAAAGAAACAUUUCAUGUUGGUUGCAGCGCUCCGGAAAUUGCAAUAUGAACAACUGGAAGCAACGGCGUUGACGAAAGCUAUGAGUGAAGCCUCUCGAGCCGACGUGCAUCCUUCAGAAUUUUUGAAGAAGAUGAUUCCCGAAUAUGAGGAUGAUUAUCUUCCAGGAAAAUUAGCUGCAGCCAUGGUUUACGGGAAGCUGGAGAAGUACAUCAUGAUAUACAACGCAGCAAGACCAGACACACCACCCGUCAGGAUGUUUGCGACAUUGUACCACGGCUUCGGUGAUUUGGCCAAACUCGCAUCUUUUUUGUCGAUUUUGAAGCUCAACUUCGAACAUGCCCAAGAUGCAGAGCGCCUGGAACAGUUGCUAUAUAUGUACUUGAUUGAACACAAUACGCAGUUCGAUGAAGUUGCCCUGAAGCUGGCAAUCCCAACACAGGGACAGUCUAUCUUGGGACACCACAACCUGGCCUUCUUCAUCCGAUGCAUCUCGACGGUCAUGGAUGUACUUCCUUCGGAGCAUCAAGAAAUCUCCACACUUCUAACAAUUAUGUUUGGGAAGGAGCAAGCUGUAUCCGUGAUAGAAAAAGCAGAAAAGAUGAGCUCGUCCGUAUCAUCUGAUUCAAUUCUGAAACGCCUUGAGCCAUUGAGACUGAAACUGAUUCAGGCUUGGAUGCUGAAGACGUUAAAAGAUGAGAUCGCAGUCGUACGUACGCAGCUAGGAUGA